CAACGGAAAGUCAACUUUCAUUUUCAAUUUUAUGUAAGAAGUAGUAUUGAGAGGCUAAACAUAUGUUACCUAUGCUUUUUAUGGUUUAAGUUGUUAUGUUCCGAUUUUGAAUUACCUCUACCUGUAUCUUAAAUUUCAGGAUGAAGUAAAUUAUCAAAGAGCAUCAAAAGCGAAGUGAGGUAUCUGAAAAGUUAUGGCUGCAGAGAGGAGAAAAUGUUUAAACACACUUGGUCUGCGAGAGGGUGCAUCGGAAGAGGAGAUCAAAAAAGCUUACAAAAAACUUGCACUGCAGUAUCACCCAGACAAGAAUGAUAGUGAUGAUGCAAAAGGAAAGUUCCAGGAGAUAGGCUAUGCCUACAAGUACCUUACAGACGGACCAAGUGCAUUUGGGACCACUAAUCCACAUGAUGUCAGGGAGGAGAUGUUACGACGUAUGUUUGAAGAAAUGUUUUUUGCCCAGUUCCGAGGUCCGUUCGGUGGUUUUCCGUUUUUCUGUGAGGAGAGUGACGAUGAUGAUGACUACUACAUGUAUUAUGAUUCCAGCGAUGAUUGUUACUGUGGCAACUGCGACACUAAAGGUGCACACGGUAAAGGCAGAAGAUCAUACCAGAACACAUAUCCAAAGACGUCAUCAACUCCACAGAAUUUCCCACCACCUAGUAAAAAACAGUUGAGGAAGAGGGAGAAACGUCAGAGACAGAAAGAGAGAGCAAAAGAACGAAAAGACCAAGACAAGAAAGAGAAAAAAGCAACAAGAAAUUUGUACACAGAUGACGUAAAUCCAGAGCCGAAGCAAAAAGACAGUAAGAAACAAACUACUCCUGAAGAUAACUCAAGCUCAAAAUCCGAGGACAAAUCUGACACAGGAAUUUCUCGGCCAGACACUCCAGUACUGAAUCAGCAGCCCCAGAGACCAAACAAGAAACAGAAAAAGAAGAUGGAGUCAGAACAGAGAAAGAGAGAAAAGGAAAUGGAAGAAAUAGCUGCAGAACUGAAGAAGAAACAGGAAAGAGAGAUGGAAAAACAAAGAGAGAAAGAAAGAAUUGCUGCCCAGAAGAAAGAAGAGGAAAUAGAAAAUGAAAUAAAUUUUUCUCAUUUCUUUGAUAAUGGGAAGAAGUCGAGGAAGGCCAGACAAAGAGAAAAGAAACGGCAAGAGUCUGAAGGUUUCAAUACAGAAGCAGCUCAACAGAGAAACAGCUGUAACAGUUCAGUACCAACAGGAAAAACUUACAACUUGAACACAAAUAGAAACCGCUCAGCAGAGGGUAAAUCUAAGGAUAAGACAGGAGGGAGCUUAAAUAAAAACCAUGAGUCGAAAAUGUACACUAGGAAACAAUUAGUGAAUGGAAACAGAUUUGAUAUCCUUGACGAUAUAGAUGAUGAUAUUACAAAACCAAUUUCUGGAAGCUCCAUAUCUUCCAAUGGUUCGCAGAAAAGCUCUCAGCCACACAGCGGACAAUCUCGCCCGACUAGUGGAGGUAUGCAAAGUGCAGGGCCUGCUUCUAAUGCUGCCAGCUUUUCUAAACCUACACAUAGUAACACAAACAAUUUCAAAAGUCGGACUUUUCAAAACACAAACAAUCAAAAUAAUUCUAACAGUAGUCGAAAUUUUCAAAGAAACGGUGGUUUAGAAGCAAGCAGCAAUGCAAGUUCUGCAAAGGAGGGUGACAGAGUUGGAAAAAAUGUGAGUGGUGUCAGUACAGAUAGAAAAGAGACUCCAAAAGUGAAUAGAAGUCUUUCAGAUGAUGUCAAAAGUGGAUUUAAUGAGUUUGAAGAAGGUGAAAGAGAAUUCGUAAAGGACUGGAGUGUUUUUUAUAGUGACGAGGAAGACGAUAUUGACAACCUGGAUUUUGGUAAUGGUGCUCCACAGUUUUCAGAUAAUCAAAACGGUUCACAGUAUUAUGGUUAUGGUCCAAAAUCUGGUCAAGACAAUUUUGGGUAUGGGUACGAUAAUUCAUAUCAUCCUAGAGCAGAUCCGUAUCAGCCUCAAGGGCAUCAAAGGAGACGAGAAUUUAUCCCUAGAACAAGAGGAUACCACGGUCCAGACUUUAGACCAUAUUUUGGUGGUCCGCCAGGGUUUCCGCCAUACAUGAGGGGUCCACCUCCGUUCGCUCAAAGAGGAAUGUAUCCCCCUCCCCCACCGCCUCAUUUCAGAGGAGGCUACCAAGCAAGACCGCCAAGAGCAAGGAAUCAAGGAUAUCCGGGACCGAGAUAUGGCCCACCUAUGGGAAUGCCUGGCUAUGGUUAUGGACAACCAUUUGAUGGUUCAGUUCCCUUUGGUGGUCCGUUCCAUGGAAGGGAUCAAAAUGUGCCUGAUGACUUGAAAAGAAAUAUAAAUAGGCAAGGAAGUAAACCAAAACAAUUUAGCCCCAAGAAGUCUUUCAAAAAUGAUUCUAGCAAUGUGCAGAAUGCAGAUGAUAAAUGUGUUACAGGUGAGGCUCGGCCUAGUGUUCAAGCCUCAACUAAUGCAUCUGCUUCUGGAAUGAGAGUUCCCUCCCCUGAAUUUUGCAGUCAGCAGAAAAACAAUGUUCCAGACAGUCAUUUUGCCAAGAACAUAUUCUCAAAUAUUGAAAACAAUCAAGCAGGAUCUGGGGGUUCGCUUGAUUCACUAGAUGACUUUGAUCUGUAUCAGACUGGUUCUGCAUCUACAGACAGUCAGAAAUUGAGAGGAACCAGAGCUGAAACACAACCCAGCCAAACCUCACCUUAUUCAGGGGUGGAUAUGGGCCUCGAUGAAUUCUUGUCUAAAGAUAACCUAGGAGUUCCUGCUGGAAUGUUUAGCGAUAAUAUAAAAAAUUAUUACAAGUAGAAAAAAGUACAGAUGUAUUAGGUUGUUUGGUUUGACAGAAUGAAAAUAAAUUACAGAACCAAACUAUCAUUCAUUUCCUAUAUUUUUCUAGAUACUUUUGAGGUUUUAGUACAUUUUGAUUCUUGUAUUUUUGGAAAUGAAUUGUAAUCAAUGUUAGAGGUUAUCUAUUUGAAUGAGUACUCGAUCAAAAAAGCAUACUGAAUGAGCCAUUAUGCUGGUCAAGUAUGUUUUGGGUACAAGUUCAAAUUUUUUCAGUAUUGAGCUUUCUAUUCUGUGCUUAUUUUUCUCUACAAAUAAUGAAAAACAAUGAUUCUAACAAAAGUGUAUUCCAGACUACUGAAACAGCUUAAAGUGAAAAUAUGUACAGAAAUAUCAGUGUGUCAGGCAUCUACUGAUGUUGAAUUCAGAUGUUUUUAUCGAUCAGUGGCUUCUGUUGUUUAGGUUCCAUUGGAAUAUAUUCAAAAACUUUGCAUCAUCAAAUAUGAAAUAUAUCCAUUAUUACAAAAUAUUGCACAGUCUUGCACGUCACUGAUUGUUGGACAAAAAAUAGGUGUAGAGUUAGAUAAUUUAUUUUAUAAUUAGAUACAAAAGCGAAAUUUAUUUUUUUUGUGUAGGCUGUUCAGAUGGACCAGUUUAUAAACCUUUUUUGUAAUAAAAUUGACUGGUUUCUGCAUAAAAACUAUAUUUUCUUACAUAUAUAUUUUUUUAAAGCAUGGUUGACUGCCUUUGAAAAGCACAGAUCAGUUACGAUUUUGAGAAAAGAAAUCAGAUUUUCAAAAAUAUAAACUCAAAAAUUUAAGACCAGUUUUUAAACCCCACCUUGCCAUUGGUCAAUGUCAAGUUUAUGUUUGGAAACAGGAGUAGAGACUGGUUUGUUAUCAUAGUUUCGUAGGGUGGGGGGGUGUUUAUUAAAGAUUGAAUGUACAUUCGGCAAUCUUAAAGAAGAAUGAUAAAUGUCUGCAAUUAAUUCUGACAAAAGUAUAGUCAGAAUUUAUUUUGUUACUUUUUGUAUGUUUUUUUAAAACAAAUAUUCUACACAUUUGCAGAAAUUUGUGCAAUAAAUUGUCAGAUGGGGGUUGUGAGGGUUGCUCUUUUGGAGAGCUCCAGUUUACAAAGAACUGGUUAAGUUGGGAAGGAAAUGUCCACCCUUAAGGGUAGUAAUGUCCACCUUUAUAUGGAGGUAAUGUCCAUCUUUUUAUAAAGGUAAUGCCUGCCUUCACAGGGCAGUGAUGUCCAUCUUUAUAUGGAGGUAAUGUCCACCUUUUACGGAGGUGAUGUCCGUCUUUGUAUGGAAGCAACAUCCAUCUUUAUAGGGAGGCAAUGUCAAGCUUUAUUUGGAGGUAAUGUCCAGCUUUAUAGGGGGAUAAUGUCUAUCUUUAGAAGGAGGUAAUGUCCACCUUUUUAGGGAGGUAAUGUACAUCUUUAUAGGGAGGUAAUGUCCAUCUUUAUAGGGAGGUAAUGUUCACCUUUAUAGGGAGGUAAUGUCCAUCUUUAUAGGGAGGCAAUAUUCACCUUUAUAGGGAGGUAAUGUCUAUACUUACCUUUGCCUCAGAGGUGUCUUCAGGGUAGUUCUGCUUGAUUUAUUAACCAAAAGCACUGAUUUUAUGUCAUUUCUAUACCGGUAACCUAGACCCAGCAUAUGGAAUCAAAAAGUCUACAAACUGUUUGCAAUCUGUGUUUGAAUUGAUAAAAAAACUACCAUGUGAUUAUCACCAGAUGAAAUAUGAUAAUGAAAAUGUUGACACAUGAAAUAAUCCAAAUAAUGCCUUAGAAUGAGUUUGAGAUUUUUGAAGAUCUUUAAUAAUUGGCAAAUGAGUACUCAGACCAAUACAUUUUAUUUGACCAUGUAACAAAAUUAUGCUUAUUUUCCAACUCGGAAAAAUUUCAUUAUCAUCAACAUUGCAGAACAUUUUCUAAAUCAAGAAUGUCAUAAGAAUUGUGACUUUCCUAUAGACUCCUUUUAGAAAACCUUUCUAAAGUUGUAAUUUUUUUCAGAUCAGUCUAGUAAAAAAAAUGAGCACACGACACGUUUUAAGUGACUGAAUUUUCUAGGUAUAUCAUAUAUUUUUGAAAAGUUAAGGUUUGAUCAAAUUCUACAUCAAAGAAAAAUAAAAUUGUUUUGAACAUGCCCUGCAGAACUAGCUUAACAUUGGUUGAAUUGUAGAACUGUACCAUUACAGGUGUUGGUAAAGGUUGGAAAAUAUCUUUUGUAUAAAUGUGCUAUUCUAGUCAAUAAACAUGUGCUUGUUAUUGAGACUGCUUUACAAGAUUAAACUUGUACUGUACAAAUUAUUAUUCUGUUGGUCACAAACAUUUUUGAGUGAAUAAUACUGGAAUGUAAAUUAGAUAGAUGAAAAUUUGUAAUGUUUAGGUUAAUUAACUAGCUAUAAUGUUAAAUGACAUAUUCUUUUGAUGUACUAUACGAGCAAGCAAAACGUCGAAUGUCGACCCUGAACUUUUUUAUUUCGAUAUAAAUGAGAUGUGGAACCAAAAUUUGUAGUCCUGUUUGGCGCCAUAUAACCUAUACUGUGUUGGUGCACCGUAAAACCCAAAUAAAUAAAUCGACCCUGAACUGUAAGGAAUGCCUUUCAUUUUGGAGCUAAGCCACUGUGAAAUCAUUAAUAUUUACGUGGAACUAAUUUUCAUGGAAUUUUUAGUUAAAUUAAAUCGAAACAAACAAGCAAAGUUCCCAUUCUUUUUACAUUGAUAAGUAGAAAUCCACAAAGUUAUUUCCCUACAAAAUUGGCAUUUUUGGGCAAAAACCACAAAAUUUGAUGCACUCAGAAUUAAGUGAUUUUAAGAUAAAAUUCGGUAUGUAUAUUUUGUGUAUCAGAUCCUAUUUUUCCACAAAAUUGACAUCUGUAUCUGUAAAGAAUGUGAAUGAAAAAGAAAAUAUUUUAUGUUGAUUUUAAUGCCAAAGUAGGAGAUGAAAAUGAUUACACUUGAUUACAAAGUAAUAUUGUGUAUUUAGUGAGUUAUUUUGAUUUUGCAAGUUUUUCUCAUUUGCAGAAAUCAGAAACAUUUCCAUGAUGAGACUGUAACUUCUUGUACAGUAUGUGUUAUAUGUGCUACAGUGGUUGUGUACAUCAUGAUAUAUACAGUGUUAAAUAUUUCUCUGAAUUUGAGUAACAGUUAUGGUAGUGGACCCAUAACGACAAUUGGCAGUUACCAUUCGAUUACAUUUUCUUGUAUAUUAUUUCGGCAUCCUUUGACUGUCACUUAAAUUUGCUUUUAAAUAAGAACUGGAGAUUGCCGAAAUCAUAUAUGGGGAAUAUGUAAUUGAACACCAAAUGCCAAUUGUCAUGACGAGCCGACUACUUUGAACUGUUUUCUUUUUUCCUACUUUUAUCUUUGUUUGCUUUUAUAUGCUGUAAAUAUAAACUGUAGAUUUCAUACUUUAUUUUUGUUUUACUACAAUUUAGUGCUUUGAAAAGUCAUAAAAGAGAAGAAUGUAAACUUUUUAUGUAUAAAAAUCUCUGAGAAACCAUAAACCAUAUUCUGCUGGAAUGAGAGUCUCUCCCCAAAGUAAACCAAAUGUUCUAACUGGGGAACAUGGCUUGUAAAGUGUUCCUAGAGGGUGUUUGCCCUUGUUUUCUAUACAAAUUAGAUAAAAUGCUGUCGGUUCUAACAAUCAAAACCAAAUUCCUGAUUUGUUUAAAUUUUAUGUGAUUAAUUUUUGUAUAAUUAAUAAGUUGGUUCUGUUUUGGUGUGUCAUUUGAUAAAUGAAUUGUGAUAAAGGACUCAGGUAGUGUUUCCGCAAGACUUUUCUGAUUGUGUGUAAAUAUUCCAUGUGAAGUUUUGAAUACAGAAAUGCAGUUUGAAUGAAGUUAAAUGUCCUUAGCUUGAAAAUUACUGAAAAAAAAAGACAUUAAGAAAAAAUUAGGCAUGGUUCAAAGGCGUUUAAGCAGGAAGGCAAGUUGCAUGCAUUAAUUUAAUAUGCAUGGGGAAAACAAUGAACGACACAGUGUCCAUGUCGUGAAAGUUUUGUAUGUUAGCAGAUUUCUCAAAAACUACUGUGCCAGAAUACUUUCAAACUUUACAUUUGUCUUCUGGGUCAUAAGGUGACUUCAAAGAAUAAAUUACAUAGCUCUAGCUUUUAUUUUGUCAAAAUUAUGUCCCUCUUUUAAGUUCGAAAUAUUGGUAAAAUAUACAUGUAACAUAGUUUUCUCAGAAACUACCAGUCUAAAUGCUUCUUACGGUAAUUUCACACAUUAAAUUGGCCAGAAGGGACAAGUUACAUAACUUUCACUUACAUUUUGUCAAAUUUAUAUCCCUUUUUAUUAUUGUAGAAAUUUUGUGAAAGCAUGCAUGUAAGCAUGUUUCUCAGAAACUUCACAAACGACUUGAGUUGCAUAAUUUUGGAAAAUGUUGGUAAAAGUUUUGUAGCUCUAGUUUAUCUUAAAUUCUGCGUAAAUGUAAAACAAUAAAAACGUUUACUAUGUACUUUUUCGAUCAGUUGAUUGUUUGAUGUCUGGAAAUAUACAGUGGUCAACGAUAAAAUUACGACUUUUUGCUUGUGCAGCUUGGCAACUUGUGCUCUCUGAGAAAUGUUUCUUAAUAUUUUAAGUUUCAGAUUUGUGAGGGCUUUCCUUUGCAAAUAUUAGACAAAAUAUAACUGUCACUAAAUAUUUAAACUACGUUAAAUAUGCAUAAACAUAUUUGAGCCGUGCCUGAGAAAACCAACAUAGUGCGUUUGCGACCAGCAUGGAUCCAGACCAGCCUGCGCAUCCACAGUCUGGUCAGGACCCAUGCUGUUCACUUUCAAAAGCCUAUUGCAAUUAGAGAAACUGUUUGCGCAGGCAGGUCUGGAUCCAUGCUGGUCGCAAACCCACAAUGUUGGUUUUCUCAUGGUGCGGCUCAUUUUAAUUUACUGUAUAGGAUGCUCUUAAAAGUGCAAAAAAUGUUGUGAUUUUUGUUUAUUUUAAACUGUGCAUAGAAUGUAUAACAAGUGCCAUGGUUGCUUUGAAUGAGAUUAUUAAUAAUAAAAUACGCAAUACAUGUUA